CUGAUAAUCGAUUGCACACUUGUCAAUACGUGCAGCCUGAUCUUGGUGUAUCCUAAAACAUUGAAUUCAAUCCGAUUUAAGUCGACUCCAGACCCUCGAGUCUCCCAGCCUGAACAAACCCUCUCCACCACUCAUGAGCAUACAGCGCUCCAAGCCCAUCAGCAUCGCACGGUAUGGGAGAGCGAGGCACAAAGCGCACGAAUUGGACGACCUGUCUUGUCUACAACAGAGGACUGCAGAACCGAAUCAGAGUUUUAGCCCCAAUCUAGGUUUGCCAAGUCCUCCGGAGAGUCCGGACUCCACUCACCGGGUGUCCUGCAUUGGGAAUUACCUCUUACUUGAGCCGCUGGAGGGAGACCGUGUGUUCCGGGCCGUGCACUUACACAGCGGAGAAGAGCUGGUGUGCAAGGUGUUCGAUAUCAGCCAGUAUCAGGAGUCCUUAGCUGCCUACUUUGUUUUGGGAGCCCACCAGAACAUCAACCAAAUAGUGGAGAUCCUUCUCGGGGACACAAAGGCAUAUGUGUUCUUCGAGAGGAGCCAUAGCGACAUGCACACUUUCGUCCGCACUUGCAAAAAGCUGCGAGAAGAGGAGGCUGCCAGACUUUUCUAUCAGAUAGUAUCGGCUGUGGCACACUGCCAUGACAACGGCCUGGUGCUCCGAGACCUCAAGCUAAGAAAGUUCGUCUUUAAGAAUGAGGAAAGAAGUCUUGUUAAAUUGGAGAGUUUAGAAGACACUUACAUCCUGAAAGGAACCGAUGACUCUCUGUCAGACAAACACGGCUGUCCAGCGUACGUAAGCCCAGAGAUCCUCAACUCCAGCAGCAGCUACUCUGGAAAGGCAGCAGACGUGUGGAGUCUGGGCGUCAUGCUGUACACCAUCCUCAUCGGCCGUUACCCUUUUCACGAUGUGGAGCCCGGCUCGCUUUUUAGCAAGAUCAGACGAGGGCACUUCAGCAUCCCAGAGACGUUGACUCCCAAGGCACGCUGCCUGAUCCGCAGCAUCCUGCGACGUGAACCUGCCGAGCGUCUGACCUCGCGCGAGAUCCUGGAGCAUCCUUGGUUCCUGGCAGCCACCGGCCAGACUGGGAUUGUCCACGUCAGGGGAGAGCGUGAGGUGGACCAAACGGUGCCAGAGGCCAACAUGGAGGACGAGCUGGAGCAGUUCUUCAGCUGAGCAGCACAAACUUAAAAGACAUAUUGCCACGUGUUAUAGAUUACAGAACUCAUGCAAAGGUGUCUAUCUUCAUUUCCCAUUCCAUGGAGAAAACGGCAAAGGUCUGGCUUGAUGGUGUGGAACACCUUCAGAAAGAACUUUAUGUCAAUGUUCAGUAAUGUAGCAGGACUUACAACUAUUGAGUUCUUUUUUUAUUUUAAGUGGUGCUCAUGGGGUGUUGAAGUCAUAUUAAGCUAGAAAAACACAAUGGCACAGGAGACCUCAGCCACGGAGAACAAAACCAACAAGCAAACUGCAACCACUCCUUUUCUGAUUCAUCAAAGAAGACGUCUCCGCAUAUUAAACGUAAAAAUCAUUUUGUUGGAUGCAUCUGUAUUUAUUCUUUGUUUUAAAGUAGGUUACUUACAAUUCUGCUCUUUCAUAGCCUUAAAGGCAUAUACUAUAACAUGUAUUUGCCAGUUUGUAACUCUUCUUUACCACCUCUGCAGCCCUGCCAUGCACCCUUGUUUAUUUCCUUAACUUGCUGUUUUGUUACUUCUGUAAGACUGGAUUACAUAAAAUGUGAAUCAGUGAUUUUUCAGACGUAAAAAAACUAUGGCUGUUCUGACCUAAAGCUAAACAUUUUAAACAGCAACUGCCAAAAUCCUGGUUCUUCUGGCUCGUGCUGUCUGUGUUAGCAACAUUAUUUUGCCCAGUUUUUCAUUAGUCAUUGAACCUCUGAUAUUGGCCAUCAUGUCUGUCUGCAUAACGAGUGGAAAAAGUCCCUUUUUUCUCCCUCAAUCUUCUAUGUGCUUUACUGGCUGCUUCCUAUUUGCACAAAUCAAUAACAGCUGGCUGGACACUUUAAAACAGAAUAUUUAUUUUAAUUGGCUCAUCCUAGAACUGCCAAUUUAAAUGAAAAACAAAACCUUUCAAUAAAAUAAUUCAGUCACUGAUUAAUAAUGCAGGUAGGAGGACUGAAAUAAACAGACUGAGACUGGUACUGGUCUGCAUAAUGGGUAGAAGGGAACUGAUUUGGCUUGGCAACGUUUAUCUUAUCUACCUUUUUAAUGAAAGCUGUAUAGACUGCCAGAAUGCCAAAGCAAAUAUACCUUCUUGUGCUGAUUGGUACUGAUUGGAGUAUUUAGUUUUUUCUCCUGUUAAGAGACUAGAAAAUUUCAGGGACCUUUUUUCUCUGAGUAUAUAGUUUAUUGUUAGAUUCUGGAAUUGAUGCCAAGUGUCUGAUUGAAAAUCGCUUAACCUCUCCUUUAACUCUGCUUUACUUGUUGCAUAAGCUAUUCAUUUAAUUGUUUCUUUGCUGCUUCUUUCUGCUCUUGCCGAGAGGCGCUACAAUAAAAGGUCCAUUCCAUCUCUGGACUAGCAUCUAUUUAAUUUUCAUUUCUUGCUUCUGCUGAAGUGAAAGAGCUUUUAAUUUAAAGUAACUAUUAUAUUUAAAAUGAGUGCAGGAUAUUGUUUCCUUUCCAUUUCACUGAUAUUCUAGGCAAUAUGUUUGACACAGGACAGUUGGCAUUAAAGUCUGUCCCAAGGUUUAGAAGAAACCAUCUAACUUGAGUGCCAGUAUUUGUGCCCCACACUACCUAUGCCGAUAAUGUCUCUCCUUUUUUUCUUUUAGGACUCCACUCCAGUUAAACAAUGUUAAUGUAACACCAUUGUCUCUAGUACCUCGUGUUACUUUUUUACUGCCUGCCUAGGUUCUGUGAAAUGUUCUGAAUAGGUACAUGUGGAAAUGUUUUGUUGUAUAUCAAUGUUACUUGAAAUUGUGAUCUCUCGUCAAUGGCAUGUACCCUUUUGAAUGCUUUAGCCUAGCAGGGGGGUGGGGAAGCUGCUUUCCCCCUUUUGUUUCCUGAAGUAAAAUUCUUGCAUUUUUAAAUGCUAAAGAGUUUUAAGUUGCUUCUGUGAGCAUUAGGUUUAUUGUUUUGAUAUGUAACUUGGUAGAAUGAACUGCCCACUUUAGCCUGUGCUGACCGAAGGACUUUUUUGUUGUUUUUUUCUUUGAAGGGGGGGGCAUGCAUGGUGGGAUAUCUGCCUCAGAUGCUCUGAUUGUAAUGUAAUUGAUUUUGGUGUUUUUGUCCAGAUUUAUUCAGUAAAUAAAUUGUGACCUGCACAUUGAAAA